UGAACCCACCAAGCUCUCUCCUUUCUCCAACCCCAUCAACCAAAGCUCCCAUCUUUAACCCAACCCAUCUCUCCUCUCCUCUCCUCUCCUCUUCACGCUGCUGCCAUGCCUUCCUCCGCCGCCGCCGCCCUCCCAGAUCUACCCGCCUCCUCCUUAACAGACCCAUCCUUCUCCUUCUUCCAACCGACUACAAAAACGACGGCGUCUCUCCGCCUCUACCCAGAUCUGACCUCCCGCGUCUACCCCGAGCCCUCCUCCGACCUCCUCCGCCGCCUCGACCACUUCGACCGCCUCCCCGACUCCCUCCUCCUCCUCGUCUUCAACAAGAUCGGCGACGUCAAGGCCCUCGGCCGCUGCUGCGUCGUCUCCCGCCGCUUCCACUCCCUCGUCCCCCAAGUCGACAACGUCGUCGUCCGCGUCGACUGCGUCAUCUCCGACGACGACUCCUCCCCCUCCGCCUCCUCCUCCGACAAGUCCCGCUCCGCCUCCAUCUCCACCCUCUUCCGCCUCGUCGUCGGCGGCAUUGUCAAGCCCCUCCAGGCCCUCGGCCAGUUCCUCGGCCCCCGCCGCUCCUCCUCCUCCUCCUCCCCCUCCCUCCUCGCCGAUGACGACGCCGCCGGCGAGCUCGAGCAGGCCGGCGUCACCCACCACUCCCCCACUCAGGUCCUCAAGAACUUCAGCGAGCUUCGCUUCCUCCGGAUCGAGCUCCCCUCCGGCGAGCUCGGCAUCGACGACGGCGUCCUCCUCAAAUGGCGCGCCGAUUUCGGCUCCACUUUGGACAACUGCGUGAUUCUCGGAGCUUCCUCUGUCAUCCAACCUAGUCCCAACUCCAAGACAACAAACGACGUCGUUUGGGCCGACGGGGUUUGCGCCGCGAACAACGCAGCUUCUGCCGACGAUAACGGAAGCAUACCGGACUCGUUCUACACCAACGGCGGGCUUAAACUGAGGGUAGUUUGGACAAUCAGCUCACUGAUCGCCGCCUCGGCCCGGCAUUACUUGCUCCAGCCGAUCAUUUCCGAGCACAAGACACUGGACAGCUUGGUGCUGACCGACGCCGACGGCCAGGGGGUGCUGUCCAUGAACAGAGAGCAGCUUGAGGAGUUGAGAGUGAAGCCACUGUCGGCUUCUUCGGCGUCCAAGAGGACGCUGGUGCCGGCGCUCAAUAUGAGGCUGUGGUACGCGCCGCAGCUGGAGUUGCCUGAUGGGGUUGUGCUGAAGGGAGCUACUUUGGUUGCGAUUCGGCCCAGCGAGCAGUCUAAUCCGAAGAAGGAGGUGUCUGAUCUCUCUUGGGUUUCGACUGCCUUUGAGGAGCCGUAUGGGACUGCUGCCAAGAUGCUGGUGAAGAGAAGGACUUACUGCCUUGAGAUGAACUCGUUCUGAUGAGAUUUCAGAUACUUGUUUUCAGGUAAAGUGCCAUCCUUUGAGGGGGAAAUGAGGGGUUUGAAGACGGGAGAAACUGAACAGGUCUGUCUCAUUGGUAACCAAAGUCCACCACACUUCCCUUCAUUCAGCUUAUGUUGAUGGGAUUGAGACAGAAAAGAAGAGAGACGGCGGGGUUAUCCACUACAAGCUUACUCAAUUUAUGCUUGAGCUCACUGUAGAAAUGCAUCUGCUGGUUGUUUUUGUUCAGGCAUAUGCUUGUAUGAGUGCUUGCACUGCAAAUGCAACUAGAACUGAUGUAUAAAAAGAUUUUGGAGCUUGUAGUGACCUUACUUUUAUCUAUCUUCCAUGUUUGUGAAUAUUGUAGGUAAUCUCUAUCUGAUGUAUGUCGACAAGUUCAUUCAGCACUCUAAUUGAAUAUAACAGUGAUCAGAUUUUAUUUUCUCAUCA